AUGGUUAUUUGCUGUGUUCCUGGAUGUACCAAUGUAUCUGCCAAGGGAAAAUAUUUGAAGUUUUUCAGAUUUCCUUCAAAUGAAGAGGAACGUCAGAAGGUAUGUGGUAGGCAUUUUGCUCGUGGAACCAAAUCAACAACAGGAGUAAUACCAACAUUGUCCAAGACAAAGCCACCUUUUUCUGUUGCUGCAAUAAAGCGAUCCAGAGUUAGAGCUUCUUUUACAUGGUCACCAUCAAAACAAACUCCUCCUUUGAAAAAGCUUGCUGCAAGAGUUAUUUCAAGACCAAGAAGGCCUAAAUCUUCUACUCCUAAGAAGAACGUUGCAGCAUGCAGGCGGUCUCUAAGUCUUAUUUCCCCAAUACGGGAACAUGAAGACAGAGAUGUGGAUGUUGCAGAAGACUUUGAAGACAUGUUUCACUGUCUAAGUAUUGAUGUUGAGCCUCACUCUGACUGUGCAUCGUGUUUUGAGCUGCAGGAGGAAUUAAAGGAAAAAGAAAACUGUAUCAAAUUACUUGAACAGCAAAUGUCUAGUGGCGAGAAUUGGAGGGUUGAGGCAAUUCAAGAUAAUGAUGAAAAGACGUUGUUUUAUACAGGAUUUCGCAGCUACAAUGAUUUCAAGGGUUUUUUCAAGUCGUUAGAGUAUGCUGCCACUUCACUGAAAUAUUGGUCACAGAGACAUACAGCAUUUACAGAAAGUAAAUCAGCAAAACCUCGUUCUCUUUCACCUCUAAAUGAGUUUUUUCUGACAAUGGUUCGUCUUCGUUUGGGGCUAGAGAUGAAAGACCUUAGCUACAGGUUUGGCUUCUCUCUUUCUCAAGUUCAUAAUAUUUUUGUCACAUGGAUAAACUUUCUCUAUUGCCAUUUGAAUGACGUUGACUGGUGGUUGCCAAGGGACACUCUACGUCGAAGUUUACCGCAGUCAUUUAGAGAGGCUUUUCCAAAACCCACCUGCAUCAUUGAUGCAACAGAGCUUUUUACAGAACGUCCUUCAGAUAGGGGUUUGCAAUCAGCUUUCUUCUCCAGUUACAAACACCACCACACUGUGAAAGCAUUGGUUGCAAUAUCGCCAUGUGGUCAUGUCAUGUUUGUGUCACGACUAUUUACUGGUGCUAUAUCAGACAGGGAACUUACCAAGCAGUCUGGUUUUCUUAAUAAAUUGGUGCCUGGAGACCAAGUCAUGGCAGACAAAGGAUUUAUUAUUGCCGACAUUCUCAUGGACGUUGGGGCAUCUCUUGUGCUACCUCCUUUUCUAAAAGGAGGAGGUCAGUUUGCCGAGGAGCAAGUCAUUAAAUGCCGGCAAGUGGCGUCUCUUAGAAUCGAUGUAGAAAGGGUGAUCAGACGGAUAAAGAACUAUAGAAUUUUACAAGGCAUAACACUUAGUUCAAGUAUGGAUCUUUUAGAUAAGGUAUUUACUGUAUGUUCGUAUCUAACGAAUUUGCAUCCACCUCUUGUACGGUAGAUUUAAUUUUGUAGGGUAGAUUAAUAUUAAUUAGUGUCAUGAUAUUAAGUUUUGUUUGGAAAAGUAACUAUAUUGGCUUUUGUUAUAAUUCUGUA